AUUGUUCUCCCCACGUGGCAUUGGGCCAGAGGGGAGAUUUCUAAUUGCAGAGUGUCGACCGAAGAAGCGAUCUCUACCCAGUGCAGAAGGAUUUUUGUCUGGUGAGGUUGGCCAAUAGACACCCAUCGAAUUCCCUCCCUGCCCAAAGGGACCUCAACCUAUAACCGUACCUGUUUCAUAAAACUUCUGCAUCAUGAGAACCAGUUUUGCAUACUCUUGUAGUGACUGAGGACACGAUUUCAUUUAGGAUGUAUAGAUUGAAUUGAGUCGUCAAUAAGACAAAUUCAUGUGUGACUAACUCCGCCAGACCACAGACAUAUUUCCAUGACUCGCCCGGAAAAAUCAUCAUACCACUUAAAACCAUGACUCCACGAAAUGAGAAGUCUUCACCGUCACACUCGGGGCGGUCCCCAUCUCACUCCUCUGGUGCAGAGGAUGGGGGUUCCCGCUUCGCCUUUGUAACUGAGGGCACUUUGGCCGAAGCUCGCAGCCAUGCAAUGCGGGAGCACUGGAGGCAGCGCCAACGGCGCAAGCAAAAAUCGGAAGAUCACCGAACCCAGAGGAAAAUCUUGCCUCAUACAAGCCCCGUGGAGAAGAGUAAACCCAAACCAAACUGCGCUUCCGAACCAGUAGUCGAGUAUCAUAGUACCGAGAAUGUGUUUUUGCUACACCAACCCAGUCCGCCUUGUAUAAAAACCAGAUACUCAGAUUACGGCGAAGAAAACAUCAAGGCCCAGUAUCCUGGUGUGCCAGCACAAGCCUUAACCGGACUCAACCACGCCCUCGCGUCUUCCAGGCUUGACCCCUUCGAGAUGUUUCCGGUUCAACUGACAAGUAACCAUCACAAAUUGCUCCACCACUGGCUGAUUACUCACGCGACAAUGAUGUUCGACGAUGUCGCCAUUCCGAGCUUUAACCCGAUGAAAGAUGUUUGGUUCCCCUUGGACCUCUCCAACGCUGCUUCUUUCUAUGGUAUUAUGGCCCACUCAGCAGCUCACCUGGCUCACCUCUACGCGGGGAUGAACCCGUCAAGAGGAACAAGUUCCGCUGAUGCCUUGAGGUACAAAUCUGAGGCAGUGAGAAUACUCUCUACAUGGAUGGCCGACCCAGAGAAAUCGCUGAGUAACGACGCAUUUGCUGCUGUUAUUCGGCUUUUAACAUUUGAGAGAUAUUGGGGGACAGAAGAGGAGUGGAUAGUGCAUCGCACUGGCCUUCAAAGAAUGAUCGAUGCACGGGGUGGUAUUGAUAAAUUGCACGAUAAUUGGCGGCUGGAGCUUGUCGUCUAUCUUGUUUCCUUAAUGUCAAAACCAACGUGGUUUGAGUCAUCAAACAACAUAUCCGAAAUAUCCGAACAAUCUUUCCAAAAUGCCGCGAAAGCAGCAUUAGUGGAUACACAGAAAGUCCGCUGUCUGUGGCUGAUAUCAUUUAUCCAAGACAUGCGGACCCUCAUGGCAUUCUCAUCUCGGCUGUAUAUGGACGGUCUCGCGUCUUACCCGUCCCUAUAUGAUGCCGUUCUACUCUUACGGUCGAAUUUCCACUUAGCCAACGAGAGCCCUUCCGGUACCGCGAGUUUUCCCUCCGACUAUGACCGACUGGCUUGCCUAUUCUCCAUCUGUAUCACGAUGCAAGAAUCCAUAUCCCACUCGCCUGUUACAUCAUCGUUACCCGCGCCUGAAAUUUAUAAUGACAUGGCACUGCUGGACGUUGCGCUUGCAACCUCGCGAAAUGUAUGGGAGACGUCAGUAUACAGCCUGCGUGCAUUUUUGCAUCACCACUUCGUGACAUAUCACCCGGACGGAGCCGCAAAGAUCGAUUAUGUCAUGAAGAUGACAGAUGUUCUGGGCCAUCUCAGUCUUGAAGCACGUAGAGGUGUCGAAAAGUGUCUUUUGACUAUGCUAUGUCGUGCACGGGAGGGAAAGAUGUGGUUUUUGGCGGAUGAUGGCUGGACUCCUGAUUCGCUGCUGUCUUCUGUGCACGGCCAAUAAUUGUUUUCUUAAUUUUCGGUUUCUUGUUUUGCUUCCAUCUUAUUGCUUCGUUUUCAGUGAUAUCUAUUUCAUUUUACAGCCGCUAUACUUCCCUGCGUCUUGGAAGCGAAGGGUCAAUUUGUCAACCCUAAUGUAUAUACCUUACGGCAGAUGUUAUACCAACAGUCCGAUAUGAAUCUACAUAGCUUAAUCCCUGUAUGACCGGAAUAGCUAAUAUCAAUGAACUGGUAUAUCCCUGCAUAAGCACCCAUCACCCAUGACCGCU